AUGAGGUCUAAGUGCAAUGGACUGUAUGAUUACAAAAUGUCAAAUAGUGGACAGUGCAUUUAUGAAUUCUUUUCUUACACUGUGGCCUCCCGGAUUUCCGCAACUGACAGGUGCAGGAGGAGGCGACAUUUGGACCGAGUAAUCAAAUUCAUCAGUGUUGUGGUUCCAGAUUGGCAGCCAGUCAUCAGAUCAUCCAUGUAG